CUUUCUUUCUCUCUCUCUCUCAUAACACUGUUAUCAUCGAUCCUCUGAACUUUGUCUAUAUAUAUUCUUCUCUGACGCUGAUGGGUGCCUCCAAUUUUCCGGUAAGGUUCAGACUUUCCGUCGCCGGCCUCGAUUUUGAUGGGUUUUCCGGUAUGAAUCGUUUGCGACACUCCCUUUGAUGAUUAAGAAAUGCUAGAUCUAUUCAUCGUAUCUCACGUUCGAUCCAAAACCUGGUUCCACAAGAGGAAAAAAAAAGCAACCUACUUCGUUCCCUUAACCCCUCGUGAUAUUUCCCUUUCAAUUUCUUAACACGCGAUUGUAAUUUGCGAAUUGUACAGUUAGAAUUUCUUUUCCUUUUUGUUAUUUUAAAAAAAUUUAUAAUUUCUUUAUUUGUCAAUUUUCGUUGCUGGAUUGUACAGUUAGGGUUGUAGAUGGUGAGGGUUGGAGAGUGUUUUUGAAGGAAAAAACAGAUUUUGAUUGAGGGUUUUUGUUGGGGUUUGAGAAAGUGGCGAAAAUGAACAUGAGUGUGGCCGAGGAAGAACCUGAUGAAGAGGUUCAUGUCCCGGCCGAGAUUGAUUGGCACAUGCUUGAUAAAUCAAAGUUUUUCUUCCUUGGUGCUGCACUUUUCUCUGGGGUUUCUGCAACCCUUUACCCUGUUGUUGUGUUGAAAACUAGGCAACAAGUGGCUCAGUCUCAAGUUUCUAGCAUUAAGACUGCAUUUUCAUUGAUUAGGGGUGAGGGUUUUAGAGCUUUGUAUCGUGGGUUUGGUACUUCUUUGAUGGGUACAAUCCCUGCUAGAGCUCUAUAUAUGGCUGCAUUAGAGGUUACAAAGAGCAAUGUGGGCACGGCUACUGUGCGGUUUGGUCUUGCAGAACCUACUGCUGCUGCAGUUGCUAACGCAGCUGCUGGCUUGAGUGCAGCCAUGGCAGCUCAGCUUGUGUGGACCCCAGUUGAUGUUGUGAGUCAAAGAUUGAUGGUUCAAGAUUGUUCUGAUUCCGGUAAUCCUAAGGCGGUGGCUUCUCGGUAUGUUAAUGGGAUUGAUGCCUUCAGGAAAAUUCUAAGCACUGAUGGUCCUAAAGGCUUGUAUAGGGGUUUUGGGAUAUCAAUUUUGACCUAUGCACCUUCAAAUGCAGUUUGGUGGGCUUCAUAUUCUGUUGCACAGAGAAUGGUUUGGGGUGGAGUUGGGUACUACUUGUGCAAGAAAGGUGAGGAGGGGAGUGACAGUGCAACUAAUAAUGCAUUGAAGCCUGAUACCAAGACUGUGAUGGCAGUUCAGGGAGUCAGUGCAGCAAUGGCAGGUGGCAUGGCUGCUUUGAUAACCAUGCCGUUGGAUACCAUCAAGACAAGACUGCAGGUCUUGGACAGCGAUGAGAACGGCCGCCGUGGACCGACAGUUAUGCAGACAGUGAGGAGUCUGGUUAAGGAAGGUGGUUGGAUGGCUUGUUAUAGAGGAUUGGGACCUAGAUGGGCUUCAAUGUCAAUGUCUGCAACAACAAUGAUCACAACUUAUGAGUUUCUCAAACGGCUUUCCGCCAAGAAUCAAGAGGUUUUGACAUGAUGAAGGAUAGGUUUAUAAUAGCAAAAGGGUGAAAACAAGAAGGGGAGCUGCUUCUUUGCCUAAUUUCUGUUCUUAUCUUCUUUCCACUUGUCAAUGUUACUUCUGCUCUCUGAGCUUGCCUGAAUGACUGUUUGAUCAAUGUAAGUCAUUGCAGGUUCUUACAUAAAUAAAAAUUUUCUUCUAACCCAUCUAUGUUUCUUAGUCACCAUUGAAAAUCAUGCAUAGGCUUCAUGUUUAAUUUGGAAGUUUGUUUUGAUAAAAUCAACAGCCACUAUGGUUUUUUAGUUGGUAACCCUAAAAUGUGAAGAAUCCUGUGAUUUCAAUGUUGGCCUUGUGGUUUUCAACUUGAAUCUUGUGCCCCAUGUGAUCUAUGGAAAACUUUUACCACAAAAUGGCAAAAGAAAGUGUUGAGUGAGUAUAGCAGUGGCUUAUCCGCAUUCGAUAAUUGUCAGUAUUUUUCUACAUAUAUUUUCCAAUAAGUAGAUCUAUAUGAUAGUUAAUAAGAAGUGGGCAACAACAAUUAUGUAUUCAUUUUGGUGUAUUUAGGUUUGGCUUAUUGUGGACAUGUUAUUAAUGGUGGGCCUACCAACAUGUUGAGUGGUGGGCCUCCAAUUGGCCCACACCUAAAAUUUAAAAUUACAUAGUUACCCACUCCCAAUAAAUGAAAUAACAUGUCGCUGUACUCUACAGAAUCUUGUACAGAUUAAAGUUAUCAUUAAAAAAAGAUUAGCCUAUAAAUCAGCGCCCUUUUCUGCCCACAUCCAGUGUUGAAAAAUAAAAAUAUCUUCCAUUAUAAAUUAAGUUGAUAUUUAAUAUGUUAUAAUGCUCAAGUAAAUCUGUAUUAUAAAAUCCCAAGGGUAGGUGAAAUGUUGUACAGUAUCAUUGCAUUUAUAUGCAGAGUUAAUUUAUUUAAUAGAAAAUUUGCAUUUAAAUCUUAUUGUGUAUAAAUUUUAUCAGACUAAUAACAAUUAUAAACUGUAAAUAAAAAUUAAUCCUAAAAUCC